CCCCAGACUAUGCAGCAGGAGCUGGAAACCCUUCCAUCGGCCAAGAUGGCUCACACCAAUCCCAAGCCAGGACCCCUGGGGCCAUGGAAGAUGACCGUCUAUGACCAAGAGAACUUCCAGGGCAAGAGGAUGGAGUUCACCAGCUCCUGCCCAAAUGUCUCUGAGCGCAGUUUGGAUCAUGUCCGGUCUCUCAAGGUGGAAUGCGGCGCCUGGAUUGGUUACGAGCACACCAACCUCUGUGGACAACAGUUUAUCUUGGAGCGAGGAGACUACCCUCGCUGGGAGGCCUGGAGUGGGAGUAAUGCGUACCCCAUCGAGCGCCUCGCGUCCUUCCGCCCCAUCUGUUCAGCUAAUCAUAAAGAGUCCAAGAUGACCAUCUUUGAGAAAGAAAACUUCAUUGGACACCAGUGGGCGCUCUGUGACGACUACCCUUCUUUACAAGCCAUGGGUUGGUUCAACAAUGAAGUUGGUUCCAUGAAGAUACAAUGUGGAGCUUGGGUCUGCUACCAGUAUCCUGGAUACCGUGGGUAUCAGUAUAUCUUGGAAUGUGACCACCAUGGAGGCGACUAUAAGCACUGGAGAGAGUGGGGAUCUCAUGCCCAGACUGCCCAGAUCCAAUCGAUUCGUCGUAUCCAACAAUAG